GACCGUUUAGUCAAACAAUCUAUGACACAAGUUUGGAACAACAAUAUACAUGUUUAAUGCAAAAUCUCCAGUACACAACACACACCAGUGGAAUCGAGCUAACUGGCAACAAAUUUAAAGUUAGCCCAACUUGGCCAUUGAAGUCAUAAAGUUAUGACGCGAGUGCCUGCAACAGGAAAAACUUGGGCAAGUUGGCAAGUUUCGGUGCAUGCUAGUUAGGGAACUUGGCAGCCCCUGCGCUUGACGUGUCGCUACACUAUGCACUAUGUACAGGCCUCGCGACUGCAUUUUUGGGAAACUUUACAUAUUCCUUGAAAGUAUUUCACGAGACUCGCUCGCCGGAGCCAGCAGAGUAAUCUACUUUUGAUUUUAGGAACAUAUUUUUCACGGUACAAGUAUUUUGUGAAACUACCACGUCGAAACUUAUGGUACACAGAUGAGACGGAUAUGUUUUCGUUGUAGAAAAUAUUACAGUAAUAAGAUAAUAACAUCUAUUUACAAACGACAUUUUAAUAAUCAUGUAGUAAUGUUAAUCAUUAAGAUGAAUCUUUAAGCUUUGUGUACUUAAAAGAUCACUUUACUUACGACAAUUUAAGUAGGUGAUUGGAUAAUUAUGUGCAAUUGUUAAUGGAAAAUAAAUGAUAGGUAUAGUUUGCUAUAAAUAUCCAUUUCUCGGCUGUGGUCACCAUUAUCACUUGGAAGUUUGCGAGAAAUUGCUAGCGACAGUUUAUCCGUCAAAGUGCGUAGUACUGCAAUGUUUUGUGGCCCCAAGAGUAUUUACGAAUCUAUGUCCAUCCAGAAUUUGAUCAACACAUAUGACCCAUUCGCGGAUGUCGUCAAGAGCUUGGAGGAUGAGGUCCAAGAUGGACUGGUGCACGUGCGGAUCCAGCAGAGGAAUGGACGAAAGACUCUAACAACUGUCCAAGGGCUGUCGGUGGAAUAUGAUUUGAAGAAGAUAGUGAAGGCGUGCAAGAAGGAGUUCGCUUGUAACGGAACAGUUGUGGAGCACCCAGAGUAUGGCAAGGUGCUGCAGCUUCAGGGAGACCAACGCCAGAACAUCUGCCAAUGGCUGACGAGGAUGGAACUCGUCAAGCCAGAACAACUGAAGGUGCACGGCUUCUAAGUCUGCGCUGAUACUCAUGUAUCCAGUACACAUAUUUAAUUUUUCUUGUGC